AACAAACAUGGAACCCACGUGGGAAGAUUUGCCUGUUACACUUUGUAAUACUACCCUUAUAUCAUUGGAUCAACUCAAUUUUUCCAAAGCUACACCCGUUCAGGCGGCAUGUAUACCAUUAUUCAUAGGUAACAAGGACGUGGCAGCUGAGGCAGUGACUGGAAGUGGCAAAACUUUAGCAUUCCUUAUUCCUAUUCUUGAGAAGCUUGACAAACACAUGCAAGAAACGGGAAAAUUGAAGAAGCAGGAGAUAUUUUCUAUUAUUCUAACACCUACAAGAGAACUAGCUUUCCAAAUCAAGGAGGUCCUUGAUCAUUUUCUUGAACUUCAUGAUGGUGUCGUUUCUAUUUUGUUUAUUGGAGGCGAAAAUCCACAUAAUGAUAUCAAUAAAUUCAAAACAAAUGGAGGUCACAUAGUAGUUGCCACUCCUGGGCGAUUUGAGUCAUUGUUAGAGAAAAAAUGGGACGAAUGCAAUCUUGCGGCAAGUGUCAAAUCUCUAGAAAUUCUUGUGUUGGACGAAGCAGAUCGCCUGUUAGAAAUGGGUUUUGAAGCUAGUAUCAACACAAUUCUAAGUUUUCUACCGAAACAACGUCGUACAGGGUUGUUUUCUGCCACCCAGACAGAUGAGGUUGAAAAACUCAUACGUGCUGGCAUGAGGAAUCCUGUUCGGAUUAACGUGAAGGAGAAGAGAGACAAUUCUGACCUCAGUGCCGCAAGGAGAACGCCCGCCUCUCUAGAAAACCAGUACAUGGUAUUGGACAGUGAUGAGAAGUUUAACCAACUCAUCCAUUUCUUACACAUUAACAAAAAGCUCAAAAUAUUGGUGUUUUUCAGCACAUGUGCAAGUGUUGACUAUUUUUCGAAAAGCAUACAGCAUAUCCUGAAACAGCAUCAGGUCCUUUCUAUACAUGGCAAAAUGAAGAAAAAGAGGAACAAGAUAUUCUCAAGAUUCCGGACCCUGGAAAGUGGUGUGUUAUUGUGUACAGAUGUAAUGGCAAGAGGAGUGGACAUUCCAGAGAUGGACUGGGUUGUCCAGUACGAUCCGCCCAGCUCUGCUAACUCCUUUAUCCACAGGUGUGGACGUACAGCAAGGAUCGGCAACAAGGGGACGGCUCUUAUCUUCUUGUUACCAACGGAAGAUGCCUAUGUCAAAUUCAUUGAAAUCAAUCAGAAAGCACCUCUACAGAUGAUAGAAAAAGCAGACGAUGUUCAGAAUCACCUUCCAAAGCUUCAGAAAAUGUCUAUCAAAGACCGGUCCAUGAUGGACAAGGCAGCCAGGGCAUAUGUGUCAUUUGUGCAGUAUUAUGUCAAACAUGAAUGCAGCAUGAUCUUCCGAGUGAAGGACCUAGACUUCGGUAGACUAGCGACAGGGUUUGGACUGGUACGUGUCCCUAAAAUGCCAGAGUUGAAAGGAAAGGUGCUAACAAACUUUGUUGCCCCGGACAUUGACUGGGCCACCAUACCUUACAAAGAUAAAGCAAAAGAGAAAGCGAGACAGGAGCAGCUGAAUAGUGGAGAAAGUGUGAAAAAAGGAAAACAGAAGAAGCAUUUGGAGACCAAGUCCUGGUCUCAACACAAAGAUCGCAAAGACAAGAAAAAGAAACGCAAGGAAAAAACAAACAAACGCAAGCUGGAGAUAUCAGAGGAAGACAUGGACGAUAUUGACAAGGACUUGAAGUUGAUGAAAAAACUAAAAAAGGGAAAGAUAUCAAAGGAGGAUUUUGACAAAGAGUUUGCAGAUGACAGUGGCUCGGAAGAGAGUUGACUUGACAUGUGAUCCUGUACUAACAUUGUGCAAUUAAGAAAUACGUUAUUGACAUCGUUAAUUGUCCCUGCUGUGACAUUUUGAUCAUUAUUGUGCUCUGUGGUAACAAUUAUCAGCAAUUUGAUAUAAGCUUUUUGUCCAGUAAAAACAAUGCUCCAACUUAUUAUGGUUUUCUGAACUUAAACAUUUCUUAUUUUAAAGUUGAUAGGAUUUGUAGUUAAGUACGUACAUAGCAUUUUUA